AUGUACAAUGGAGGACCUGAAGUGUCCAUCAGAUCUCUUAAGAAGGACAGCAUGAAGUUUGUUCUCAGCAAUACAGAUCUCAGUGUCGCCAAUGCCUUGAGACGUAUCAUGAUUGCCGAGGUCCCAACAAUGGCAAUCGACAUGGUUGAGAUUGAGACCAAUUCGACAGUAUUAACAGAUGAGUAUAUUGCACAUCGCUUGGGAAUGAUCCCUCUGACAAGUUUCGAUGUUGACAGGAUCCAGUAUACACGAGACUGUACUUGCACCCUUUACUGUCCCAAUUGUUCUGUAGAGUUGACACUCCAUGUUAAAGUUAAUGUGGAUUACGAUGAUAUGAAUGAUCCUACAAUUGAUAAAACCAGGCAAGUUACGAGCUUGGAUCUUGUCAGUAGUGAUGAAGCUGUCAAGCCUGUAUCGGAUGGUAAGAACAAAGCGCAUCCUAUUUUGAUUGUCAAAAUGAGACCUGGUCAAGAGCUAAAGUUAAAGUGUGUAGCGAAAAAAGGAGUGGCUAAAGAGCAUGCCAAAUGGAGCCCUGUUUAUGGUGUUGCAUUUGAAUACGAUCCUUAUAACAAGUUGAGACAUUCGCACUACUGGAUUGAGGAGGAUGAAAAAACAGAGUGGUUUGUUUCUUCGAACGCCGCUGAGGAGACACCCGUUGAUCCUAAUGAGCCUUUCGACUACAACGCCAAGCCUGAUCGGUUCUAUAUGGAAGUGGAGACGUCUGGAUGCAUGAAGCCCGAAGAGGUUGCUCUGCGCGCCAUGACUAUUAUGCAGGAUAAGCUUGGAGGUUUACAGAUUAAGUUAGAUGAUGAAUUCAAAGAAGACACUCAACGCUGGGGUUAUUAG